GAGAACAACUUUUACUACUAGAAUACGUGCCAAACAAGAGCCUCUUCGAUCGGAUGCACACACACUAUGGCCAAUCAUCUGGCAUACUUUCAUGGUCAAGCCGCCUGAGCAUCGCCCUCGACAUUGCCCAUGCUCUCGACUACCUCCAUGCCGUGGCUGACCCUCCGGUCAUUCACAGAGACAUCAAAUCAUCCAACAUCCUGCUAAUCAACAAUAAUCACGCCAAGCUUGCAGACUUUGGGCUCUGCAAGUUGGGCCACGACACCCAAACAGCCCAAACACCAACCACUGUAAAAGGCUCACUGGGCUAUAUUGACACCAAUUACCUUAACACGGGGCUUGUGUCACCUAAAAGCGAUGUUUACAGCUUUGGAGUGUUAUUACUUGAGCUCAUCACUGGGAUGAAAUCUGUGCAAGGCUCCACGACGCUAGCAGAAUGGACUGAGGACUGCCGGAAAAAUGAGAAUGUGGAGGUUCUACUGGGAUUAUUGGAUCCAAAACUCGAUGGGGAUGUGAAUGUUGAGCAGUUACGGAUGUUGAUUCAUGUCGCCAACUGGGCAUUGAUUGAAAACUCUGAAGCAAGACCGGAGAUGAGCCAGAUUGCGUGUAGGAUUACAAAAUGUAUUGAAGAACCUCAACUUCAACCGGAAUUACCUGUAUAA